AUGCCAAGGGUUGGCUGGACAUGUUCAACCAUCGCCCGGGCUUCAGGCUGCUUUCCUGCGAUCCUGCAUCUCAUCUUGAUCGAGCUGAUCAUGCUCCCGCUCUUUCAAUUUGCUGUCUUCAUUUUCUUGCGGGACUGCAUGUUUGAGAUCGCAGUUCAGUCCCGAGGAGGGGCCUGCGCAUUCUGUGCCCUAGGCAGGGACCUUGAUUGUGUUGAGGCAAAGUACAAUUGGUGGUUGCUGAGCUUGUCAGCUGUGACCCUUUCCUGCAAUGAUGGGGGCUACAUUCACUCAUCCGGCUAUGCGCCCCUGGCGAUCAUCUGGAUCUGCUUUCUACUGGUCGCCUUCAUUUGGUUUGGAACAAUUGCCAGAUUCUUCAUGAAGAUUCCGCUGAAUACCCCGAUGGGCUCAGGCCAUUACCUGAAGUUCCUUUGGGAAACUCGACUUUGCCGCUGGUACACAGUUGCAUGCAGGAUUCUGGAGGUUGUAGCCGUAGUCAGCAUCUUUGUUCUCUUCGCUGCUGCAACUGCCUACAUGGGUGCGGACGCACUCGCCUGGGUCUUUCGUGAGAAGUUGGUUGAAGGGCUCUUCGUCAUCAUCAGUAUGCGGCAGUUCACGCGGCCAGUCUUGCCAUGCUUCAACUUUGACAUCGAAGACUUCGAGCGAAUCCGCUUCAAGCUGGGCAUCAUCUUCAACAGCAAUGCGAUUGUCCAUGAGCUUCAUGGGGACUUUUGCCGAGCUUUUGCAGACGGUGUGAGUCUUGUUGAGGACGUUUCGGAUCAGGGUGCCAUCCACUCGAUGUUGAAAAGCACAUCGAACAAUCAGUCGUCCAGACUAGCAUCUGAGUAG